GUGACGAGGAGGUGAACCGGCGGUUGUAGGAACACACACACACACACACACACACACACACACACACACACACACACACACACACACACCGGCAACAGCACCGACCGUCUCCCCACGCUCACACUUCCGGACCGGAGCCUCUGACAGGCAGCUGUGGGUCGGGAUGAAUCCAUCUCCCCGGUGCUGCUUGGAUUGAGGACACGACGACGCCUGAGAGGCGGAGAUGUUAGCCGCGUUACGUUACAUCUUGUCGUGACAAUCUGAGCCGGAGAGAUCGGAUCUCAGCGGUGUUCCGUAGAGGGAAACGGGCUUUUAUCCGAACUGUCUGCCUUCAACUGUUGCUUAUUUCCUCUGUAAAUGAAUCUUGUAAGGUUUAUGAACAACCGUGCUCCUUCUAACAAGAGAUAUCAGCCCACAGAUUAUGAGCAUGCAGCCAACUGUGCCACGCAUGCGAUGUGGAUAAUCCCCAGCCUGCUGGGCAGCUCGGUGUUGCACUACCAGUCCGGAGACAAAUGGGAGCAGCUGUCAGCCUGGGUGUAUGGAGCCGGGCUCAGCUCGCUCUUCAUCAUCUCCACCCUCUUCCACACUGUGACCUGGAAGAAAAGCCACCUCCGGUCUGUGGAGCAAUGUUUCCACAUGUGUGACAGGAUGGUGAUCUACUUCUUCAUCGCAGCCUCCUAUGCCCCUUGGCUGAACCUUCGGGAGCUUGGCCCGUGGGCGUCUCACAUGCGCUGGUUGGUGUGGGUCAUGGCGUCAUUUGGAACCACCUACGUCUUCUUCUUCCAUGAGAGAUAUAAGUUGAUGGAAUUGAUCUGCUAUACAGUGAUGGGAGUUUUUCCAGCCCUGGUCAUUUUCUCAAUGCCGGAGCAGUCUGGGUUGUGUGAGCUGUUGGUGGGUGGAGCCUGCUACUGUCUCGGUAUCGUCUUCUUCAAAAGUGACGGCCUCGUCCCGUUUGCGCAUGCCAUCUGGCACCUGUUUGUCGCCAUGGGAGCAGCCAUACAUUACUACGCCAUCUGGAAAUAUCUCUAUGUGCAGACACCCAAUCAGGUCCAGACCUCCAGAUGACAUCAGUGAUGACCUCACGGGAGAUAACUCCUGUGAUUGAGAUACUACAAGGAAUUAAUUCAAGCUGUGUCCAAAUUCAGGGGCUGCCUUAAAGUGGGAGUUCAUGGGCUAAACUUCCUUCUCUGUGCACAGUAUGAUAUCACCAAUAGGGCACUCAGACAUUCAUAAAACAUUAAAAAGAAAUCUAGUUUUAACUGUCAAACAGAAGAAAAUCUUGCAAACAAUUAAUUCACAACACAUUAACUCAUUCGCUGCCAGCCAUUUCCUGAUCACUAAAGGCCUUCGCUGCCAGCGUUUCUCACAGUUUUUAUUGUUUUUUUAAGAGUGACAGAAUGUUGCACGCUAGGAUGAUGUUGACGCCAAAACAACCAAAACAAAGCGGAGACUCACGUCUUACAUCAGGAAGAAUUUGCAUGUUUCGAGCGUUAUCCGUUCUUUCACAAUCCGUUGUCAAAUUGUGAUCGGCAGAAGCUUUUCCAGUUCGUGCCUCACUUUUUUUACAGCAGCGGCCCAAAACGAUCUCCUAACACAUGGAUGUUCUGCUUCCUGAUCACGUGACGUGUGACGUAUGCGGAUGAAGAUCGGCUUUAGAGCUGAGAUGUUUGGCCUCAUGGUGCGGGGACUCGCUCCGAUGCCCAUACAGUAAAAACAUGCAAAUGACGACUAGUCAUCAUUGGCAGUGAAUGAGUUAACCUCAUAUUGGCGUUCAUGUUAAUUCUGCAAGGUCUCCACGAUCUCCUAUGCCUAUGUUUGAUUUUAUACUAAAUUCAUACACAGAGUUAUAAAUGUACUAAUGGAGUAUUUUAAUUUGUACCAAGAAAUGCUCGUCUUCCACUGCCAACUCCCAAACAGGGAAUUCCUAACCGUAGUUUAAAUUACAUGCUUUUAUGCACCCUCAUUCAUGGACACAGUACCAAAGGUCAAACUGAUUUAAAAACAUUGCAACAUAAACAACAUGCAGUCUAAUUUCUCAAGAUUUUCAUAAAAGUCAGGGUCAUGACCCCAGUGCAGGUUGUAAAACAUCAAGGGAAAAAGGUACCUGAGAUUUGAACUGUAGAUUUUCCCAGAGUUUACUUCACAUCAUUGUUAUAUAAAAACUGAGUGUUUUGUUUUCAGGACAGUGAGCAUCCCUGCAUCUGACAUUGAUCAAGGAAGCCUUUUCUAGCAGGAAGCCAGUAAAAGAUGAGACAGAACGGGCGAUGCUUGAUCCUUUUUCCUGCUCUGUUCUAGCAGAAAAAAGGUUGUGGUGCAGCAGUCGUCAGCUGUCUCGGGUCUUUGAAAGUGGGAUUCUGAGGAAAUGUUAUGAACAAAAAACAUGUCUUUACAGAUAACCCUUUGAACUACCUAUUUUUGGACAAAAUGUAAUUUAAGAUUAAUAGGCUAACAGCUCGAAUGAGUGGGACCUAAAGUAGAUUUCUUGUGUCAUAAUAUAACUCUAAAUUAAAAAAAGAAAAAAAAUAUAUGUAUAAAUACAGAGAUAUCACUUUGUAAUCUUUUAAAGUAACACUAGACAGUUUCCUUCUCCUCUGCUCUACUGGUUGAAAGUGGAAUUACAGCCUGCUGCAGCCGCUAACAAGUUGACACUAACGAGAGCCAACUAAUGCUAAAAUAAACCACAAAGUAAAAGGAUCCCCAAUGAUGGACAAAAAAUAUUAUUACUUACAAGUCCAGUAGAAAGAAAACCAGGUCGCCAUCAGUCCAUGAUUUUGUAGCCUCCUUCAUCUCCCUCAAACUAGUCUAGGCCGCGCCGAUGUUCACUUCGGUUUUAGCUCUUUGCUUUGCCUCCAAAGGCAUUACUCUCCUACUUUUACUUCCAGGCUUCCAUGAUGCCAACAGAAAAAACAAAAUGCUUCCUUUUCUUCUUCAUGUGCUUUUUUUUUUUUUUUUUUUUGGUGAUCGGUGAAUGGAAAAUGCUAACUGCUAGCAUUACAGCUAACAGCCAUAAAGCAUGUAAUGAGCACCCCUAAGACACCUACCCAUUUCACCAAACCAUCUAGUCUAGUCUUUGGUCAGCAGAGGGCUGCAGAGUUUUGUGAAAUAUGAAACUGGUCAAGUUUCCAAACCAACUAUCACUGAGAUCAAUGUUAAAGCUCUAACAAAGUGUAACAAAACUAUCUAGUGUUACUUUAAGUCGCUGUACAUUUUACAAUAUGUGGUUUUUCUGGUUGUCAUAUUGCAAAAUACUUGACCUGGCUCCACUGGAAAUGCUACAGCUAGCUGUUGCUAAAGUAUUUGUUCUUGCAGAAAACCACACAAUUUGUGUAAAUGAGCAUGUAAUGAUAAAGUGGCUAAUUAAAAAUGGUGGUUGUAUGAAUUGUUGAUAUGAUAUGUUUAAGAUGGUCCUUGACCCUGUUGUAACCAACCAUUAGUCUGUCAAUUCGAUCAGAGCAAGUUUGUGUUUCUCCAAAUUUAGGUUGUUGAAAGACUUUUCUGUGAUAGGUAAGGUAUAAAUUGUUUACAUUUUUGAUGCAAUCCCCGAUUUAAAGGGUCUGAUUUGCCUCUUUGAUGGUGUCUGAUACUUGGUAAAUCCCAAAAACAUCCCCCAUCACAGGAUGGGAACAUUUGAAAUAAAAAUUAGACAUUCACUGAUAUUCAUCAUAAAUAAAGCUCUAAAUAUACAUCAUAAAUGAAGUUUUCCAUCAAAGAUGAAGCAUUAUGUUGUGAUGAAUCUGAAGGAAGACAGCUUGUGAACUUGGACACAGCUUUUUCCCAUCCUGUUGGCUCAUUUAGAUUAAUGCCACUGUAUUUCCAGCAAUUAGGCUUCAUUCCAAUUAUCAGGCAUUGGAGGUGUCUCCCUCUGUGGUGCACAUCCAGAUUCAGUAUUUACAAGCUGAGUUGAGGACAUUGUCUUAAUGUCAAGAGGAAGACAAUGUUUACAAUUAGCUGCCUUGACUGUCAUCAUUCCAUUUAGAAUUAUCAUUACUGACAGAAUGUGUUGCAUUUUAUUUAAGAGCCAUGGGUGGUAAAUUAUUCCAAUCCAGAGAUCUAGAUGGUGGUAUUAUUGUUAUUAGUAGUUCUAUCUAGGCUGUAUUUGUAUGGUUUUUUAAUCUGUUUAACACAGAAAUGUUCCUAACAGUAGUUUCCAGGACAUUUCUGAAUUCCAAAAAUGUAUGUGGUUCAAUAAGUGAGGAUGUUGUUCAUAUUUAGAGAAUGUAUUGAUUCACACAUAAUUUUCUGGUGUUCACAUAGUGUUUAAAGUACAGGUACCUAGUGGAAGGUGUUUCAAAGCUACAUCGUGGACCACAAUCUGAUUCUGCACUGCCAAAAGACUGACUUCUACUGCCGAAACUGAUAGCACACCACAAAACAAUAUGUCUGUCAGCCGUAAGGAAACUGAAGCUAUAAUGUUUUUAAACAAUCUGGCCCAGUAUUAAGGCAUCUCAGGAGUGUGUGUGUUUACUUGUGUGUCCGAGCUGGUGUGUAUCCUAUACUGUCUUACUUCCAUGAAUCCAGAAGCUCUGACUGGAUUAUAGUCAAUGUUUACACAUGCAGACAUGUACCUUGGAUACAUAGUACAAAUGUGUGAGUGUUGGCAAACUGUUUGAUGAAUGUGACCUGAGUACCAAAAGCUCAAAACGUCCGACAUUUAAAGGCAUUUGAAAAAAGUUAAUAUUUAUUUAUCACGUGUGUUUGUCUCUCAAGACUUUAAUUUGGCUUCAAACAUUUGUGAAGCUACAUUAACAAAGGUAGUUCAGCUGUUUUCAUUUUAAAUGACCACGAACAAUAUCUGCUUUUUGAACAAACUCAGUUUAGAUAAAUGAAGAAUAGUUCUGACUGGAUGUUUGAGCUAACAGCUAUGCUAAUGGCUCAACACUAACGGUUUAUCUUACUGGCUCAGUGCCAAUGGCAGGGCUGCUAACUCUCACGUCACAUCUACAACCCCACCCCACCCCAACUUUAGCUUUAGCGACAGGGCAAAACAAUCAGCGCCACCCCUCCCCCUGCUCUUACAGACAGAGGUGAAACAGUCCGCCCCCCCCCCCCCCCACACACACACACACACGUAUGCACCACCCACCCAAAUUUUCAAAAAGUCGGCAGCACUGUGACGCCAAUGGCUCAAUGCUAAUCGACUCAGUGCUAAUGUCUCACUGCUAACAGUCACAACAGUGCCAGAUACAAACUGGAAUUCUGCAUCCUACAACAAUUAUAAUUAGCCUUUUAACUGUUUUACAUGUUUUGUAGACUCCACUUUAACAUCAGUGUCAUUUUUGCAUUAGACAGUUAUUCAAACUUAAAUAGUGCGAUACUCUGAGUGGACGUGCCCUGUGCUUCACCAGAGUGCUACAGACAGCUGGCUCUUUUGCUCCUUUUUGUUGCAAAUACUCACAUAGUUCUAUUUAUUAUGCCAAAUGCAUAAAAUGUAACACACUCUUCUCAAAGCAUCUAAGAGCUCUACCUCUUUAACAUUAGUGCUUUCCUCCAAACUUAGCUAGAGAAGUAGGUAAGUAGCUACUGCAGGUGGCAAGUACCUAUUUCACAUUUUUAUUACUGUUUUGGAAGGAUUAAAAUAAUUAUACGCAUUAUCCUAAGAUUAGCAAUGCAGUUUAUUUUCUAAAAUAAUGUAGUUUUUAGUAGGGAUGCAACGAUACCACUUCUUAGACCGAUACGAUGCCGAUACUUGGAUCUGAGUACUCGCCGAUUACUGAUACCAAUACUUCUACCACACAAAAAACUCAAUGAGUUGGAAUACAGGUUUUAUUUUCUUCUCUGCUUUUCAACAAGAAAAUACUGUGAGGUAGAUAACAAAUAAAAUAUAUUAAUAAAAAAUUAUCACAAAACUAUAGAUGAACAGAAAUGACAAGUUACUGUGAGGCCACUUUCAGGCAACUGCAUUGGUAUUGGUUCCUGGUAUCGGUUAACUUUACCAACACCGAUACUGGUAUCGGUAUCGGCCCAAUACCAAUACGGAUAGUGGUAUUGGUACAUUCCUAAUUUUUAGAAUAGUUAGCAAAUUAGCCAUUGAAAUAGUAAACUGAAAACGUACAGAAGCUUAAAGGUUUCAAGAACUGUGUAAGCUGCUAUGACUUUUUAAAAUUAUAGUUGUUUUAGGAGUGUGCCUCUUUGCUACUGGCACCACCAUGACUAGCCUUUAGCUUAACAAUCCCAUCAGAACAAAUCAGUUUCUCCAAGCUGAGGUUGUUCAAAGAGCCAUCUAUGACAGGUUUGAAACCAACUAGACAAUCUCCAGUCAAAUGCUUACUUAAAAAAAACUAACAUCACAUUUAGGACCAGUUUUUGUAAGAAAGGUUUUCCACCAGUUUUACGUGGGAGAAAUAUUCACAAAUCAACCGAACAGAAUCAGAACUGUAAGGAGUUUGAGAGAAAAACUGGUUAGAAGUUUCUACUGAUCAACAUUUGGAACAAAAAACCCCAUUGUGAUGAACACUGUAUUUUCGCAUUCAGUGUGCUAGCUGUCGUAGUUCAUGCAAACAUGGGACGCUCAAUAUUUACAAGCAUCAAAAUUAAGCAACAUAUGACACAUAUCUGCCACAUGACAUAAAACCCAGACACAGGAGCACUGAAAACACUAAAUCCUACAUAAAAAUCACUGAACUAAACAUUCGUGUUUGUGCAUGUUUGUUGAAAGAACAGGUUUCUGUGCAGAAAUGACUUCCAAUGAUGCCUCUCUGCACUUUAUUAUAUAUUUAUUUUUCUAUAAUUAGCCUACAAAUGUUGCCCUGGGAUGGACCUGUGAUUUGCCCAGGGUGUCCCCCAGCUCUUCAUGACCCUUUCAGGCAGAAGUUAUUACAGAUGAUAAAUAUUUAUGAAUUUACAACAAAUAAAAUCAGAUAGUUGCUGCAACAUUAGCUUGUUGGAUUAAAACAAAGCGAUUUCCAACAAUCCUUAACGGACUCUGCUUUUAUUUAAAUAAAAACAAACAUCUGUAAGAUAAAAUAACCUAAAAUGUGCAAAAAUCUUUAUCAUGAUUCUAAAAUCGCAGUCUGAGUGGAAAAGAGGGACGCAGGUCUUUAAUAUGUAAUAAAUCUCUUGAGAAGUAUAUUCUUAAAUACAAAACUGCUUCUAAGUAUUUGUACUGCUGGUGUUUUUGGAUGCAUCAUAUAACAAAGUGUCUACUGCUGUUGCAUCAUAAUCCUUCUAAACAACCCUAAAGAGGCCAGCAGGUUGAGGAUUCUGUUGGAUUUAGAGGGAAUCGCAGAGGUUCUAGGUCCUCUGUGGUUGUGGAGCUGCUGACUCUUUAUUCCUGCAAGUGUUUUCUGAAUAAGACUGAUUAUAUUAGCCCACAUUCAUGGUCUGUAUAGUUUUCCUUUAGGUUAUUGUGUCAGUGGUGCUUUUUGUGCUGUGAUGAGCUCAUAUAAUGCCAACAAUGCUUUUAUCUUUUCUAUCCUAUUGUAAUAAAAAUGCUUUUUCAUGCA